UUUACAUUUUAGCUCACACCUUCUUCAUGACAACAAACAAAGCAGGCAGGAGGAAAAAGGUCAUCAAAACAAUUGUUGGACAUAGGCAUUGUGGCAAGUGCAAGUGGUGGAAGCGGAACAGGCAGGGUCAGAAAGUAAGAACUCAUUAUUGUGUAAAAAAUCACACUGGGAGUGCAAGAUCGAUGGAAGCAGCCAGUGGUUUGAAAGGAGUUAGAGAGCUGUUCAAUGAAGGAACUCCUAUUGAGUACUUGGAAGGAGAUGGGGAUAACACUUUGAUAGCUAGGCUGAAAUCAGAUUUGAACAUUUCUCUAAAGAAACGCUUUGACAAAAAUCAUGUUGUCAAAAAUGUGACUGGGACAUUGUAUAAAAUGAAGAGUGCCCUUAAACUAAGUGACAAUGUUAUAUCACACAUAAAAAAAUGUUUGUCCUAUGCUUUCUCAAAAAAUCAAGGUGAUAAAAUUGGAAUGGAGGAGAACAUUCGGGCAUUGAUACCGCACCAAUUCGCAGACCACACUCUCUGCCAUGGACGAUUCUGUGGAUAUAAAAGAAGGCCGUCUGAGAAGUAUGUGCACCGCAGUCUGCCAUAUAUGACACCGCUACAUGACAGUAAUCUCAGGACCAAGCUACAGGCGGUGUUUGACACUGUGACAGCCAAUGCCCACAGUUACGUUGACCUUGGAUCUAGUCAACAAUGCGAGUCGGCCAACAGACGUGUCUCAUUGCGCGCACCAAAGUCACAUUAUUAUGGUGACACUAAGAGUCUGGACUACCGUGUGGAAGCGACUGCUGCUUGUAUAAAUGAGGGAAGACAUUACCUAUCGCAGUUUAGUCAACUACAUGGACACAGUCACACCCAAAGUCAUAAGAAGAGAACUCAAACAGGAUUUGUGAAGUUGGGGCUUUCUCCAGGAGAGUACACUAUUCAACAUUCGGAAAGACAGUUGAAACGACGGAGGGAACUGACAGAUAGAGCCCUGUUACCAUCAUCUAAACGUCGGCGACUGGAGCUGAAGAAAGAACGGGCUGUCAUUCAAGGGGCCAGUGAAGCAAUGGAAGGGGACACAUAUCAGUCUGGGAUUGGUCAUAUGGAGGCAAUUGAUAUAGAACGCAUACCUGACGCUAUUGCCCGUGGCAACUUCAAACCAGUCGUCAUAGAUGGAGAGCCAACCAUCAUAACAUUUGAUUUAGAAACAACAGGACUUAUUGUGCACAGAGUGAUGCCGGACAUAACACAGAUAGCUGCAAGUGACCAGUCGGGAAAGACAUUCAAUGUCUAUGUCAACCCAAUCCAGCCGAUAAAUCCGGAAGCAACGACAGUGACUGGAAUUUCAUUUGUGAAUGGAGAAAUGAAAGUUCGAGGACAGAUAGUUCAAUCUGUACAUGUGAAGGAUGCUGUUAGCCAAUUCUUGUCAUGGUUGGAGCAGUUUAAAAAUGUUGUUUUAUGUGCCCAUAACGGAAGAAGGUUCGACUUUCUGAUCCUAGUUGAACUGCUUGAGAAACUUCAUCUUAGUGAAAAGUUUAGUGAAAUAGUUCCUGCUUUGUUGGACACAAUGAGCAUAUUCAGGAAACAAUAUCCUAAAAGUUCACUGAAACAAGAAGAUCUUGUCAAAACUCAUUUAGGAAUUACAUAUGAUGCCCACAAUGCUGUUGGUGAUGUAUUUAGUCUGGGCAAGCUUAUCUCAUAUAUGAAUAUUGACAAAAAAGAACUUAUCAAAAACACCUUUUCAGUAUCUGCAGUUUAUAACAAUUUACAAUUCAAUAAUGCAAAAGCUAAGAAUAUCCAAUCUCUUGAAGUCUUGAUUUACUCAGGAGUGUGUAAAAGACCCACUGCAGAAAAUGUGGCCGGGUCAGGUUUGAACCUCGGAUACCUUCGGCUCAUCCAUAAACGUCGAGGCGAGGACGGACUACGUGAAGUUUUUACUUCACUCAACAAUGAAGGACUUCCAAGAGUAACCAAUUCUAAAAAAGUACUGGAAGACUUUAUACCAAAAUUGAUAAACUAUUUACUGAAGUAACAUGUAUAAAUUAGAAAAGUACUGAAAGUUUGUAGCAAAAUACAGCGAACCGAAGAAAAUCUGAAAAUUAGGGUACACAUUUUCUAACUUUUAUUUCUUCACUUACAGACGGUAAAUUAUU